AUGUCUUACACUACUCCUUCAAGCCGUACAAGCACCAACCUGCUGAGAGUAACACCGUCCAAUUCUCAAAAUUCCCGAGCACUUCGCUCACCUAACAAACCACGAGGGCUUUCCGAGAUGAGCCUGUCUUUAAAGAGAAUAAUCGGAACAACUGUGUCUUCCCCCAAUGCUUUUGAUGCAUCGGAAUCCUCAAGUAUUUAUGCUUACACUGCUGGAGCAGCAGCAGUCGUGGUGAACGCAAAUGACGCUGAAUAUGUGCAAAGGUUCUUCAGGGCACGGCCAACAGCUGUCGCGUUUAAUUCCACCGCCUGUUCGCUUGUCUCCACUACGACCGGGGCUCAUGAUGGAAAGAGUAGAACGGUUGGAGGCAAUCGAGAUCUUUCACUUCCAAACCCGCAGUACAGCUCGUAUGAUGCAUCUGAAUGGCUCGAAACUACUAGCUCAAAGACCUGGUCAAGUCGAGAAAGGAUAAAGGCCGCGACAAGUCUGUCUAUCAGUAGGGACAGUCGAUUCUUGGCGGUUGGUGAAACUGGCUAUGCCCCACGCGUUUUAAUCUUUUCAUUACAGGAAAGUUCCUCCGAUUACCCCCUCACUAUAAUCAACGAGCACACCUAUGGCGUACGUGCAGUCGUCUUCAGCCCAGACUCUAGCUACUUGGCAAGUUUGGGAAAUACAAAUGAUGGGUUCAUCUACAUCUGGAGAAUUAAUUCCAGAACUGGAGCAGCGAAACUUCAUUCUAGCAAUAAAUGCACGAGUGCAGUUAAACAAAUGAUAUGGUUAGGAGAAAAUAGUGUCGUUACUGUUGGAACUCGGCACAUCAAGAUAUGGAGAGUUGUUGACGCUCGCCGAAAUUUAUCACCAGCCAAGCAGAAAAAUCAAGCAGAAUGUGUAUCAACUCCCAAUCAAACGCAAAGUCUGCCUUCCACUUUAAUUGGACGCAACGUACUCCUUGGCCCUUUAGUAGAGGCUACCUUUACGGCUAUCGUUGCGAUAUCUGACCAUCAGGCAUUUGUUUGUUCUGAGAAAGGUGAUAUUUGCCUCAUGGACGAUAGCGAGGGCCCUAAACUUGUGAGGCUUGUGAAUGUACACUUCUCCAUUACUUGUAUAGCAUUCGAUCUUGAGGCUCGACAAAUUAGAAUUGGAGGGAAGAAUGGGAGGAGAAAGUCGAUAAGCGUUGACUCAUUGAUCUCUCAGACGAUAUCUACCAUCUCUCCUCAACCUGCAGAGGAGGCAUCUACAUGUGAUUCCGGACACAUUUGUGCCAUGGGAUAUGCGGGACGAAACCUUGUUAGUAUUGACUCAAACCACUCAAUUGAGAUUUCUCGUCUUGAUUCUUCGUCUGUCGACUUUAAACGUAUACGGACUCCUUUGGCCGCUCACAGCGACGCUGUUCUGGGUGUUAGCCUUAUAUCUGAGAGCGAACAGAAGGUCAAGUUCCUAACCUGGUCGGCUGAUGGUACAAUUGUAUUUUGGGAUAUUGAUGGUAUGAUUAAAAGUACAAUAAAAGUCAAACUAGAGCAACUCGCUUCUGCUGAUGACGACUUAACUAAUCAGUGUACUGUUGUUCGUGCAUCUAACAAAGCAGAGUUUCUAGUCUACGGGGAUCGAUAUGGAGUAUUGAGAGUUGUCAAUCUAAUUGAUCAAGAAUAUUUGUUUGAAACAAGAGCCCACUCGUCAGAUAUUAAUGGGAUUGCACUACACGAAUCUACCGACCUUACCUUACUUGCAACAUGUGGCCGUGACCACAUGGUACAAAUAUUCCAACUUAGCUUGUUGAAAUGGACACUUGUCCAGACUCUUAAUGACCAUACAGCUGGCGUAACAAAUCUUUUUUUUGUGGAGGGAGAUAAACUUGUGUCUUCCUCGACCGACCGAACUGUUCAUAUCCGUCAAAUUUCUAGGAAAGUAGUUGACAGGCAAGAAAUUAUGGUUGUUCUACCUCUUCGCAUUAUCACCGUAAAGGCAUCACCAGUCUUUAUCGAGCCGUAUUUUGCCGACAAUGGUCUUUACAUAAUUAUCUCAUUACUGGAUAGGACUAUCGCAACAUAUGAAAUGCUAACUGGGCGUCUGGUUAUGUCAUUUAAAGCCUCUGAUAGUGAUGGUAGCGAAGCUGUUGCACUGGAUUCCCUUGCAUUGGGUGCCUUUCAACCAAGCUUAGGAUCUUCUGCUAUUCUUGCUGGGGUUUCUAGUAUGGAUAAGUCCAUUCGAGUCUAUGAUAUCAACUCCGGCAUGUUCCUUGAUAGAGAGUGGGGACAUACUACCAACAUCACUGAUGUAGCUUUUUUUAAUGAUCCUGACACAAACUUAAAGACCAUUAUCAGCACAGGAUCCGAUGGGACUAUCAUGAUAUGGUCUCUAUCUUCAAGGUUGAAAAACUCUCCAGAUAACUCAGAGGCCAGCCCAUGCAUUAAUGAUGUUUCACCUCCUAAAGAAACUCCAUCCUUUCGAGCACCAUUAAGACGUGUCAUAUCUAGAGCUGAUCUAGCUGAAUUUCAAAGAAUGUCUCCGGCAGCAAUAUCUGAAGAGAAUGAAUUAUCGCCAAGAAUACGGAGAAAAAUAUCAAAGUAUAAACUAUCAUCUACUCAGGCCCCUCCGUCUAUGUCGUCCCUUGGGUCUACAAAACUAUCCCCUACAGCACCUGAUGAUGUGUCAACGCGCCGAUCUAUCACUCGACCGCGUUCACAAAGCCCUCCCUCAACAAGGCCAGUUAAUAGCGAUGCAAGACGCCCAUCCUUCGCGACCUACUCUAAAAGCAAAACUAAGACCAAGAGCACUCCUCUUUUCAACGAGUAUUGUACGCUGAAUAUGGCCACAGAACAGGCAUGUCGUAUACUUCGAACAUAUCGAAAGAAAUUACUUUCUUCCGAGUCGCUCAAGGACUCUGCAAUCAAGGAGCUAGACCAUGAGUUGCGUCUGACGGCUGUAGCACUCGGUGAGAAAAGCCAGAAGUCACAGACAAUCAGUGAAAAGGUUCUAGCUGGCCUACUUGACGAGUACUCUGACCGACUCGUAUCCCUCUUUGAUAAGAAGCUACACCUCUCUUCACGACUAUCGUUGGCUGACUCUGAUGGGGCGCCUGUCCAUAAUUGCUCAUCCACGGACUGCGCAAGUGUCCAACCAUCGCCCUGA